GUCACAAUAACCACAGAAGAAGAAGAACACUGCUGGGUUAGCUAGCAAGCUAGCUUGCAAAUUCCUCGUUUAGUCAGUCCCCCCAGCAUCAAAAUGCUUCUGCAGAAUGUCAGACCGUGGCUGCUUCGUUGCAGGACUCUGCCGCUGGCUUGCACAAGAACUUAUUACGCCGAUAAAGUAGCUCGACUCGGCUCUCAGCCUGAUAAACAGUCUCCUGAAUAUCAGGAGAACUAUGAGCGAAUGAAAAUUCUUGCAGAUGAACUGAAAAGCCGGACAGAGAAGAUUAAAUUGGGCGGGGGAGAAAAAGCAAGAAGACUCCAUACUUCUCGUGGAAAAUUGUUGCCUAGGGAGCGCAUAGACCGACUGCUGGAUCCGGGAACUCCAUUUUUGGAAUUCUCCCAAUUUGCUGCGUAUGAAUUGUAUGGAAAGGAGGAAGUUCCAGCAGGCGGUAUAAUUACAGGGAUUGGCCGGGUCUCUGGGGUAGAGUGUGUUAUUGUUGCAAAUGAUGCCACUGUCAAAGGAGGGACGUACUACCCAAUUACAGUGAAGAAGCACCUUCGUGCACAAGAAAUAGCCCAGCAGAACCACUUGCCAUGCAUUUACUUGGUGGAUUCUGGAGGAGCCAAUCUACCCAGACAGGCCGACGUAUUUCCAGACAGAGAUCACUUUGGGCGUAUUUUCUACAACCAGGCCAGGCUGUCCUCAGAGGGGAUUGCACAGGUUGCUGUUGUGAUGGGUUCAUGCACGGCCGGGGGAGCGUAUGUGCCAGCCAUGGCAGACGAGAGCAUCAUUGUGCGGAAGCAAGGGACCAUUUUUCUCGGAGGACCUCCACUGGUCAAAGCUGCCACUGGGGAAGAAGUUUCUGCAGAGGACCUUGGUGGUGCUGAUCUACACUGCAAAAAAUCCGGCGUGACGGACCACUACGCUUUAGACGAUAACCACGCGCUCCAUUUAGCCAGAAAGACAGUGCGCAGCCUCAACUACAGGAAAAACAUCGAGGUUACUACGGAACCUACUGAACCUCCUCUCUACCCUUCAGACGAACUCUAUGGGAUAGUGGGGGAUAACCUGAAACGCAAUUUUGAUGUCAGAGAGGUCAUUGCCAGAAUUGUGGACGGUAGUAAAUUUGAUGAGUUCAAGGCAUUCUACGGAGACACACUCGUCACAGGUUUUUCGAGAAUAUUCGGCUACCCCGUCGGAAUCAUCGGAAACAACGGAGUCUUGUUUUCGGAGUCCGCGAAAAAGGGGACGCAUUUCAUCGAAUUAUGCUGCCAGCGAAACAUUCCACUUAUUUUCCUGCAAAACAUAACAGGCUUCAUGGUGGGUAGAGAGUACGAAGCAGGAGGAAUUGCCAAAGAUGGAGCCAAGAUGGUUACUGCAGUGGCCUGUGCCAAUGUGCCCAAGAUUACUGUAAUCAUCGGCGGCUCCUACGGCGCAGGAAAUUAUGGCAUGUGUGGCCGGGCCUACAGCCCCCGGUUCCUGUACAUGUGGCCAAAUUCCCGGAUCUCGGUAAUGGGCGGUGAGCAGGCAGCCACCGUCUUGGCUACCAUCACUAAAGAUCAGAGGGCACGCGAGGGAAAGGAGUUCACGGCGGAGCAGGAGGCUGCCAUGAAGGAGCCCAUCGUGAGGCGGUUCGAGGAGGAAGGCAGUCCGUACUUCUCGAGUGCCAGGCUGUGGGACGACGGGAUUAUUGAUCCAGCUGACACCCGUCUGGUUUUGGGACUGAGCCUCAGCGCGGCGCUCAACGCACCAACGAAGAAGACGCGCUUCGGAGUGUUCAGGAUGUAGCGCUCAUUUAGUGAUGUGUACAGGUGUAGGGCCAGAGUUUCGCUGUAUUUAUAUUAGUAAGUUUGUGUUGUGUCACCAGAUUAGGAUUAACAAACGACAGAAAAAAAUAAAAAAAAUAUUAAAACCAAGUGAAAUCACGUAGAUGUGGGUCCUUGAGGAUGUGAUGACAUCAUGCUGUGCCUUAACUGUUACUACUCCAAUGUAAAUUCAACUGUACUUAUAAAACCGUUCCCUUUGGUAGAUUUUUUUUUUUUUUAUCACAUGCUGUAAAUUAACAAUUAAAAAAAAAAGUGAAAAUUCA